GCUUGAGGAAAUGUUUCGGAAGUGUACACGCUAAGGUAGGAGGAAAUGAGAGCAAAGGGAUGGAGCAAUUAUCCCUUUUUGACAGCCUAUUGGUGAAUAUACAGUUCCACACAAAAUACCAAGCACACACUGACUGGUGCACUGUCGUCGUUUGACAUCCAGUAACGUUAGCGGUAAUCGUGAAAGGGUGGUUGCUGAUACAUUAGGGACCAGGGCUAGCUGUGGGUCUGGUGGUGGGACUGAGCCAUACCUCCUGCCCCGCUGAAUAGUGUGUGUGAGAGAGGCGACUGGAGGGGGAGGCAGGUGCCAUGCUCCAGGGGUGAGGCGGGAGAGAGAGAGAGACACACACAGGGCUCAGGGGUGGUGGGUGAGGUUUCCAAGGAGAUGAAGUUGAAACAGCGCGUGGUGUUGCUGGUUGCCGUGCUACUCCUGUUGGGGCUGGCCAAAUUCUUUCUGCUGGAUGGAGGAGAGGGGUCCGCAGCCAGUCGACGAGACCUCCGGGCCUUCCGCAAGAUGGAGGCAGGCCUGUCUCUCUCACGCGGUGACCGGCUAACACACACCCUCCAGUCUCCAUGGGAGGUGGCAAACCAAUGGGUGGGCCCCAGGGAGGUGUACCCUGAGGAGACCCCCGAGCUGGCAGCCGUCCUCUCCGCGCUGGGCACUGCCCGAGUGGAGCGGGCAGAUGUGGGCUACAAGGGCACCCAGCUCAAAGCUCUACUAAUACUGGAUGGGGGGCAGAAGGUGGUCUUCAAACCCAAGAGGUAUAGUAGAGGCUAUGUGGUAGAAGGAGAGCCGUAUGCAGGUUAUGACAGACACAACGCAGAGGUGGCAGCUUUUCACCUGGACAGGAUCCUGGGUUUCAGAAGAGCACCCCUAGUGGUCGGGAGGUUUGUCAACCUGAGGACUGAGAUCAAACCUGUCGCUACGGACCAGCUACUCAGUACCUUUCUAAUGCAGGGUAAUAAUAGUUGUUUCUAUGGGAAGUGUUACUACUGUAGAGAGAGUGAACCGGCAUGUGCAGAGGGAGAUAUGAUGGAGGGAUCGGUAACUCUCUGGCUGCCAGACGUCUGGCCUCUCCAGAAACACAGACAUCCCUGGGGACGCACAUACAGGGAGGGCAAACUGGCCAGGUGGGAGUAUGAUGAGAGCUACUGUGAUGCGGUGAAGAAGAUGCCUCCGUACGACGCCGGUCCCAGACUGCUGGACGUCAUAGACACAGCCAUCUUUGAUUACCUCAUCGGCAACGCCGACCGACAUCACUACGAGAGUUUCCAAGACGACGGAGGAGCCAGCAUGCUCAUCCUGCUGGAUAACGCCAAGAGUUUUGGGAAUGCAGCUCUGGAUGAAAGAAGCAUUCUGGCCCCUAUAUAUCAGUGUUGCAUGGUGCGUGUGUCUACGUGGAACAGGUUGAACCUGCUGAGAGCUGGGGCUCUGAGUUCAGCCCUAAGACAGGCCCUGACCUUUGACCCCAUUAACCCUGUCCUGGCCGAGCCCCACCUGGCUGCCCUGGACAGACGGCUGUCUGGUGUCAUAGCAACCAUCCAGCAGUGUGUGGAGUCGCUAGGCCCCGACAACACACUGAUAGAGGACCGCAUGAUCCUGCCACACCCCUAGAAAAGGACGGGAGGGAGGAAUGAGGAGGGAAAGGAUAACCUGUCUCGCCUCGAGGGAGAGAGGGUUAAGCCAUGGGAGGAGCUGGAUGAUCAACCCCUCCUCCUCCUCUCACGGCCCCCCAGAAAGGAACAGGAAAUGACCCCAGCAGCAGGAAGUGACUUGAUAACGGACUGGGUGUUGAGUCCUCUACAAACUGUUCCCGUCCACGCUAGGACCAACUCCAUACCUAACUCUUUCCUGACGUCUCCUGUCACACACACACACUCUGCCAGAACCUCUCUCUCCAUCCAGUGUAAAGGAGGGAACCAAGGCCAAAGGACUCAACCCAAAGACACUCUUUGGGUUCCAUACACCCCCCCCCUCCU